GCUCGGGUAGCUCUCCAACAAUGGAAAGCGGUACGUACCAUCCCGAAGGAUGAUGGGUUAAUUUGCGAAUCAAAUUGCUACGGGCAUCUCAACUUCGAAGGAACGAGUAAUUAAAUAUGUGCCUCUGGUUCAAUUUUUAAAACAGGUCUCGCUUAAAACACGACCUUCCAAGAACAAGAAUAACCACUUUUAUAUCAUUUUCUACUACAGUAUAUGCACUUUCUCCCUUUUGGGGAGAGUGACUGUGUGUUGAUCCGUCGUUGUUAUCCCAGACGUGGUCCAUUAUAUGCUAGCAAUGACAACACUACUGUAAGGAACUGGAGUGGAUAUUUGAACUGAAGGAACAGCGGCGAGUCCGGGUUUAUACAUUGCGAGCGAUGGCAAGAAAAUAGGAAGAAUACCAGAAAUUCACAGGUGCGGAGGCCCUCGUGCUGAGCCAGAAUGCCGUUAGUGAAGAGGAACAUUGAGCCCAGGCACCUGUGUCACACGGUGCUCCCGCGGGGGAUAAAGAAUGAGCUGGAGUGUGUGACCAACGUGUCCCUGGCCAACGUCAUCCGGCAGCUCAGCAGCCUCAGUAAGUAUGCGGAGGACCUGUUCGGGGAGCUCUUCAACGAGGCGCACUCCUUCUCCUUCAGAGUCAACUCCCUGCAGGAGCGCGUGGACCGCCUGUCAAUCAGCGUCACCCAGCUGGACCCCAAAGAGGAGGAGCUGUCGCUGCAGGACAUCACCAUGAGGAAGGCCUUCCGAAGCUCCACCAUCCAGGACCAGCAGCUGUUCGACCGCCGGACGCUGCCCAUCCCGCUGCAGGAGACCUUUGACCUGUGUGAACAGCCGCCACCACUCAACAUCCUCACGCCCUACAGGGAUGAUGGGAAGGAAGGCCUGAAGUUCUACACCAACCCCUCGUACUUCUUCGACCUCUGGAGAGAGAAGAUGUUGCAGGACACAGAGGACAAGAGGAAAGAGAAAAGGAAGCAGAAGCAGCUGGAAAUGCCUUUUCAUGGGUCAGCGGAGGGCUCUAACCGCCACCGCACUGACCCCGCCCACAUCGUCCUGGAGUUGCAGGACCCCAGCAGGUAUGAUCAGGUCUAUAGGUAUUUAGACCUUCCAGGUCAGCUGAAGAACAUCGACCGCCCCCCGGAGCCGGAGAAGAUCCCGCGGGCGCCGCACGACCGGCGCAAGGAGUGGCAGAAGCUGGCGCUGGGCGCCGAGCUGGCCGAGGACCACGGAGACGAGCCGCACAAGCACCGGGACGCCGCCGCCGCCAACGGGUCCGCCGCCUACCACGACCCCCGGCAGGCCACAUUUGCGGAGCACAUGGACGGGCCCUUCUCAUUGGCCGCCCUGCCGUUCAGCCAGAUGAACGAGCUCCUGAACCGGACCGGGGACCGGAUGUACGUGCGCCCCCACGAGCCCCCGCCCCCGCCCCCCAUGCACUCUGUGGGAGACAUCAAAGCCCCGUCCAUCAUCAGCUCCAGCUCUGGGUUCACAGACAGCCGUCCCCAGUCCCCGGCCAGGACGCCCGUCUUCCUCAACCCCAACGCCCCGCCCCCUCCUCCGCCCCCCUUGCCACCGCCGCCGCCCCCCUUGCCCUGCACCAUGCCCGGGUCCGGCCUGCGGGGCACGCCCCCUCCCCCGAUACCCCCCCUCCCCAACCAGCCCCCGGCCAUCCCCCCGCCCCCCGCGCCGCUCCAGAUCGCCCCCGGCGUGCUUCACCCCGCCCCUCCGCCCAUCGCCCCGCCCCUGCACCCCGCCUCCCCGGCUCGGCUCCAGCAGGUCAGGGACAAGGGCCCGCCCCCGUCCCAGACGGACGGGCUGAUCCUGCCCCCGCCCCCUCCCCCGCCUCCGCUGCCCCUCCCGGGCGCCAGGACGUCCUCCCCCUGCCCCACGCCGCCGCCCCCCGGCCCGCCCCCCGUGCCUUCCUUCCCGUCGGGCGCCGUGUGCUCCCCGCACGCCGGGCACGACGCCAAGCGCCACCCCUCCAACCUGCCCGUCAUCAGCGACGCCCGGAGCGUGCUCCUGGAGGCCAUACGCAAGGGGAUCCAGCUGCGGAAGGUGGAGGAGCAGAGGGAGCAGGAGGCCAAGCACGAGCGCGUGGGCAACGACGUGGCCACCAUCUUGUCCCGCCGCAUCGCCGUGGAGUACAGCGACUCCGAGGACGACUCCGAGUUCGACGAGGUGGACUGGAUGGAGUGAGACCCGCCGCCGCUGCCUCCUCCUACACCUCCUCCCCUUGUCCUCCUCUUCUCCUCCUCCACUCAUCCGUCUCCCCCUCCCUCCCCCCCCCCCACGUGCUGUCCGAAUCUGUGGUACCUGUUUUUUUAAGGGGGAGGGGAACGGCGUGGGGGGGGCACUCCAGGUUACAGUCAUUUUUCAAGUGUUUUGCAGAUGUUUUGUACUCAUUUUCUACACUACAUCUUUUGUUUUUUCAGUUAUAUAAACAUUCUCCUCUUGUACAGUUAAAAAUAAAAUAACCAAAUUUCUUUUUUCAACCCCAAUUACCUUUAAGAGGAGAACUGUGUAGAGAAAAAUAAAGAAGCCCUCUUUUUAUAUCGCUGUUGAGUAUCAUUUUGAAAGUGGUAUGAGGUUUUUCUCUUCAGUUCUUUUACAAUCUCACCAUCUACUGGUUGAAAAUGGAAGUGAACCAGUAAUCUUUUCUUUUUAUUUAUUUAUUUUUAAAAUACUAGCAGUUUUAAAGAGCCAGUAAUUUCUGGUACAAACCAAAUUGAAAAUAGAAUGUUAAAAGUGUGGUGGAUAUUACAGGACUCUCUUUUUAUUACUUUUAUCACAGUCCUGGGUGUGAGUUUUACUGGUUGUGAAACAAGAAAGCAGUAUCACCGAGAUCUGACUUACUAAGCAAUCCGUUCAUAUCUGUCAACAUCCUGCGAACCAAACAGGCCAUGCUGACCGUUUGUGGGAUCCAGGCUGGCUAGUACAACCCAAGACACAAGCGGCGUGUGUGUACGGAAAUGUCUGUUGAAGCGAACUGCUUCAUUUUUUAUUUUUUUUGUACGGGAUUUGUAAUUGGGUACGUGUUCCAACAAGCCACUGCAGUUCGCCGCGAGCAGCUAACACAUGACGCUCACUGGUGGGUCACUGUGUUUGUACGCACACUGACUCUGGGGGAGGGGAGGGGGUGAAGGGGGGGGGGGGGGGGGGGAGAAAACGAAAGAAACUCUGGAACAAAUGGCAGCUGUGAACGUCGUCUCUACGCCGAGUCGAGUGGAAGAAUGUGGCGCCACCCUGUGGUAUGAAGCGCCAUUGCAGUUCAGUGGAAGAAGGGUGGACCGACUUUAACCGGCCUGUACUCUCAAAAUGAAGUUGUCAUUAUUUUUCUUCUACUAUGCCUUAUUGUUUGUACCAUACAUGUUUAAGUUCAUGAAUGUAUUUGUGCUGUACUACUUUGCCUGCGCUCUUAAAAGUUUAGCUGUUUCUAUGUGAGAAGACCUGGGUUAAAAUACGGUAUUCUGUGUAACUUAUGUAACUGUUUACUGUAACAGUUUGCUUGAAUUAAUAAAAGCUAACGUUAUGUUUAAUGAG